UUUGGUAAUGGAGGACUGGAUAGGUCCUCCCGGCGGGUUUUGGUCAAAGCGGGAAUCGCAAACGGAGGAGAGAGAUAGAUAGAUAGAGAGAUUUAGCCAUUCGACCAGAGAAUUCUUACAGUAACGUAAAAGCUCUCAAGCAAUUCUUUGAUCUAUCGAUCUGGAUGAGCUGUAUCUGUUAUCAGUGGUUACUCGUCCACGAACUUUGAAGAUAUAGCUUACAUCGGGAUAUCCGAAUAUGGAUUUAAUAUCUAGUUGCAAGGACAAAUUGGUGCAUUUUAGAAUAAAGGAGCUUAAAGUUGUUCUUACUCAACUGGGCUGUUCAAAGCAAGGAAAAAAACAGGACCUUAUUGAUAGGAUAUUAUCUGUUCUCUGUGAUGAACAAGGUUCUUCUUCGUUGUCUAAGAAAAAUGCUGUCGAAAAGGAGGAAGUAGCAAGAUUGGUGGAUGAUAUAUACAGAAAACUGCCAGCUACAGGUGCAACAGAUUUGGCAUCAAAAUCCAAGGCUUCUCCAUCAGACAAAAAAGGUAUGAAGCUCAAGGAAGAAGUAGAAGAUACUUAUGAGAUGGAACGUAUACGCUGCCCAUGCGGAAGUUCAUUACAAACUGAUUCAAUGAUUAAGUGCGAGGAUCCAAGAUGUCAUGUAUGGCAGCAUAUUAGUUGUGUUCUUAUUCCAGAUAAGCCAACGGAUGGAGUUAUUCCUGCUACUCCUGAUACAUUUUACUGUGAAAUCUGUAGACUCAACCGUGGAGACCCUUUCUUAUUAUCUGUUGCUCAUCCACUGUAUCCAGUCAAGUUGAUUACUACAAGCAUCCCAACUGAUGGUUCAAACCCGAUGCUGGGUGUUGAGAAAACAUUUCAACUUACUAGAGCUGAUAAGGACUUGUUGAAACAAGAAUACGAUGUUCAGGCUUGGUGUAUGCUUCUCAAUGAUAAAGUGCCAUUUAGGAUGCAUUGGCCACAAUAUGCAGAUCUAUACAUUAACGAUGUUUCAAUGCGAACAAUCAACAGACCUGGCUCACAGUUGCUUGGUGUUAAUGGUCGUGACGAUGGGCCAAUAAUCACAAAAUGCACCAGAGAUGGCAUUAACAAAAUUUCCUUAACAGGAUGUGACACUCGACCGUUCUGUUUAGGCAUCCGCCUUAUCAAACGGCGUACUUUUGAACAGAUUCUUAACAUGAUACCCAAGGAGUCAGAUGGAGAGAAAUUUGAUGAUGCUCUUGCCCGUGUUCGCCGUUGUGUUGGUGGUGGAAAUGCUACAGGAAACGAUAAUGAUAGUGACAGUGAUUUGGAAGUUGUUGCCGACUGUAUUUCUGUCAAUUUAAGAUGUCCUAUGAGUGGUUCAAGGAUGAAAGUUGCUGGAAGAUUCAAGCCAUGUCUUCACAUGGGUUGUUUUGAUCUUGAGGUAUUUUUGAUGAUGACCGAGCGCUCUAGAAAGUGGCAGUGUCCAAUUUGUUUAAAAAACUACUGUCUGGAUAAAGUUAUUAUAGAUCCAUAUUUUAGCCGGAUCACUUCCAAGAUGCGGAAUUGUGGAGAGGAUGUUACAGACAUCGAGGUGAAGCCCGAUGGUUCAUGGCGAGCCAAAUCUGAAACUGAUCUUAGGGAGCUUGGAGAUAUUGGUUUAUGGCACUUUCCAGAUGGAUCACUCUGUCCAACUGUGGAUUCCCAAGUUAAACCUAAAUCGGAAAUUCUUAAGCUUAUCAAACAAGAAGGUGGCGGUUCUGAUGGCCAUACUAGUCUAAAACUUGGAAUUAGGAAGAGCCCUAAUGGUGUGUGGAAAGUCAGUAAGCAGGAAGAUUUAUUACAGGAGAAAUUUGAAAAUCACCAUCUCAACAUUAUUCCAAUGAGCAGUAGUGCAACUGAAAGUGGCAGGGACGGUGAAGAUCAAAGUGUCACAGGCGGUGGAAAUUUUGAUGGGAUGGAGCACGAUUCUGUCUCUCUAAAUUUGGAGAAUCGUUUUAGUUUUCCAAAUCAGAACCACCCCCCUUUGGGAGAUCAGGAGGUAAUUGUCCUUAGUGAUUCAGAAGAAGAGAAUGAUAUUCUUCCCGGUCUUACAAACGCAUACACGAACAAUAUAGAUGGCAGUUCUAGUAUGUUCCCCGUCUCGCAUGGAAUUCCUGAACCGUAUCUGGGUCUUUUCAAUACGGUGACUGAUGAUGACUUUGGGACAUGGUCAAUGCCUUCAGGUGGUCAGGCGGGUUCUAGUUUCCAGUUGUUUAGUUCUGAAGCUGAUGUAUCAAAUGCAAUGAUGAACGGAUACAAUUUAAAUCCAGAAGCUGAUGUGGAUCCGGCUGGUCUUGUUCAUGAUUCCAUGAUUGAUCUUCCUAAUGCCGACAUGAAUGGGGGUUUAGUUGAUAAUCCUCUGGCGUUUGGAGGGAAUGAUCCGGCUCUCCAGAUAUUUCUUCCUACAAGGCCUUCUUCUGAUACAUCAUCUGUACAGGCUAAUGUGAGAAAUCAACCUGAUGCAUCGUCUAACAUUCGUAGCGAUAAUUGGAUCUCACUGAGAGUUGGGGAUAGUGGCAUCGGUAAUAAUGGCAAUAAUUGUAAUGUUACUAAUAUCACGAAUGGGUUAAGUUCUCAGCAGCGGUUACAGUCGUCAAAGGAAGGGAGUUUGAGCUCUCUAGCGGAAACAGCAACAUCAUUCAAAACUCUCAAAGAAAGAUCGGAUAGUCCAUUCACAUUCCCUCGCCAAAAACGUUCUGUAAGACCGAGGCUAUAUCUUUCUAUCGACACUGACUCUGAAUAGUAAUAGUAUAUCAUCAUUUGCCGGAUGACUUCUUAUGCCUGCCUGCCUGCCAUUCGAAGUUAUUGCUGAUUUUCUUUCAGGAAUGACGAACCUCUAAAAGACUUUGACACCUAUUUAUCUUGUUGCCAAUUGAACUGCAAAUGCUGACAAUUGUUGAAUUUUGCAUGUUUUCAAUUCAUUAGAGCCCGCCUGCCAGGUACCAAAUCAAUAAACAUUUCUGGUGAAGUUUUUGCUCUGUUUCUUUCUGGAGGAAGGUCCCCGAAGCUUCUUUAGGGAGGUGUUCAGUGGUAUCACUCCUCCAAAAAAUAUAUACUCAUUUUCUCUUUGAUUUCUUUAUCAUAUUGGAACCUAGUCUCUGUAAAUUGUGUUCAGCCCAAUUUAAUCCAAGUAAUUUAUCUAUCUAUCUAUCUAUAAGAUUUGGUCAAACAAUUCUUGCAAACUGGCAUCUUUGUUUUUUAGCCUACUUCUAAAUUGCUAUUUUAUUACAUUGUGUUACAAUUGUGAGAACGGUUAAAUUUUGAAUCAUAUUUUAGAAUAUAGAUUUUUUUGG